AUUGGAUCCCUUUUAAAAAGCAAUUAAUACCAUGUAGUUUUGGUAAUACAAUAACUAUUUUGUCCGAGGUAAUUCGGAUACCGCCCCAGCGGUUAAUCUAAAUAGUUAUUCUCCAAUUAAAAACGAGGGUAAGCUCCAAAAUGAAAGGUUUACGUGCACGACGUGUAGGCGAGCAUGGUGUCUUUGAUACUGGUUCAUCCAGUGGGCAAUCAACAAAACGUUCCGUCGACUUCUCUGGAAUCACCUCGGCGAAUAACGUCACCCUUACCCUUGAGCCAAUGGCGAAGUUGUAUUUCUUAAGAGGGCGUGGCGUGAUCCUGACGGAGGCAGUAGCUAGCAAUGCUAAAAGAUAAUCGAUCUUAGUACAUUUUAACAAAACGAAAGCAUUCUGAUUGGGUUUACGCAGAAAACACGGAUAUAACAGCAGGAGGCUUCACAGCUGCCUAUACAGGACUCCUUUUAUGGCCAAAGACUCGCCACCAGAUGUUCCCAUGGAUACGCCUGCGGACCCACCAAUGGAUGUGCCGAUGGAGUCCACCAAGACCAAACCCAUAGAUCCAUCAACCAAGGCUGUAGCCAUGCCCAUAGAUCCACUACCAGUAUCCACUACCACGGCCGGACUUGCACCAACGAGCCCCCUGGCCACACCCACGAAUCCAUCAAUCGAUCCUCUGGCAAGGCCCAGAGAUCCUCCAACAGAACCCACUACCACAGCUCUUGAGCCACCAAUGAAUCCCAUGGCAACACCCAUAGAUCUACCAAUGGGACCAAGGGCUACCCCCCUGGAUCCCCCAAUGGAUACUCUGACGGAAACACUCAGUGACACGCCGAUGGUGUCUCUGCAGUCUCCUGACGUGCUCCAACCCACUCAAGCUUCUACGGCCCCCCCCCGUUCAGCGCUCCUCCUCCCAGCCCAGGAAGAGGUCCCAGCCGGGCUAGAGACCACGACAGAUGCCCCCCCCGACCUGGCGUCCCCUCCCGAGGCCGCUCCCGUCUCCACGUCGACCCAGUCCACCGACUCGAAUUCGGUCGGCGAACCGGGUCCCGUCCCCGAGCUGCUGCCCCCGCUUCCGCCGCAGCCGCCCGCCAGCGCUCAGAACCCCAGCUGCAAGAUCAUGACCUUUCGACCCACCAUGGAGGAGUUCAAGGACUUCAGGAAAUACGUUGCGUACAUGGAGACCCAGGGAGCCCAUCGCGCCGGCCUGGCUAAGGUGAUCCCACCUGAGGGCUGGAAGCCACGCAAGUGUUACGACACCAUCGAGGACAUGGUGAUCCCCGCCCCCAUCAUGCAGGUGGUGACGGGCCAGUCGGGCCUCUUCACCCAGUACAACAUCCAGAAGAAGUCCAUGACGGUCAGCGAGUACCGCAAGCUGGCCAACAGCAACAAGUACUGCACACCACGCCACAAGGACUUUGACGACCUGGAGAGGAAGUACUGGAAGAACUUGACCUUUGUGUCGCCCAUAUACGGCGCAGACGUCAGCGGUUCCAUCUAUGAUCCUGGUGUGGAGGAGUGGAACAUCGGGCAUCUCAACACCCUGCUUGACAUGGUGGAGCAGGAGUGUGGCAUCGUGAUCGAGGGGGUGAACACCCCCUACAUGUACUUUGGCAUGUGGAAGACCACCUUCGCCUGGCACACAGAGGACAUGGACCUCUACAGCAUCAACUACCUGCACUUCGGACAGUCCAAGUCAUGGUAUGCAAUCCCACCUGAGCAUGGCAAGAGAUUGGAGAGGCUGGCACAAGGCUUCUUCCCGGGCAGCUCCCAGGGCUGCGACGUCUUCCUGAGACACAAGAUGACCCUCAUCUCCCCGUCCAUCCUCAAGAAGUACAGCAUCCCCUUCGACAGGAUCACCCAGAACGAGGGAGAGUUCAUGAUCACCUUCCCCUACGGCUACCACGCCGGAUUCAACCACGGCUUCAACUGCGCCGAGUCCACCAACUUCGCCACGCUACGCUGGGUCGACUACGGCAAGAUGGCCACCCAGUGCUCGUGCCGUAAGGACAUGGUGAAGAUCUCCAUGGACGUGUUCGUGCGCUGCCUGCAGCCCGAGCGCUACGAGCUGUGGAAGCAGGGCAAGGACACCACGGUACUGGACCACUUGAAGCCCACCGAGGUGGACAGCGCCCAGCUGGAGCAGUGGAGGCAGCGUCGCGUCGCCCACCGCGCCAACCUGCUGCGGAGGGCCCUGCUGAGGAAGAGCCAGUUCCGCCGGCUGAAGGUGGGCGAGGUGAAGGUGCUGACGGAGGAGGGCGUGGAGCUGGACACGGAGGAGUACCAGCGGCAGGUGGAGGAGCACGAGGCCCAGCGGCGGCAGCUCCGCGACGAGAGGCUGGCCCGGGAGGCCAUGAUGGCCCUGGUGGCCCUGGAGCAGGAGGAGCAGGAGGAGAAGGAGGAGGCCGCCAGGAGGGCCGCCGCCGCCCUGCUGGCCCCCCCGGGGGACGAGGACGAGGAAGAGCCCUCGGUCCCGACGCUUCACCCGACCGAAGAGGCGGGCAAGAAGAAGCAGAGACGUCCGAAGAAGUCGUACUCCAAAGCCAUGCCCAUCAACACCUUCGAGGAGGCCUUUGAGCAGUUCGCCAAGGCCGGCAUCAAGAUCCCCGCGGACGAUACGCCACACGCCUGUAAGACGGAGACUACUAUGGACCCCGCCCAGCCGUCCUACUCCAAGAUGAAGAGCAGACGUCACCCCCUCACCAAGCCCCCGAAGCGCUCGCCUCUCUCCAUCGUCAAACAAGAGCACUCCAGUGAUGAAGAGCUAUCCCCCACCAUGCCACUAGAGGGCGACAUGAAGAAGAACGAGCACCUGUGGCAGAACCAAUCUUCACCAAACUUCCUGGCCGAGAAGGCCUUCAACGCGGCCGUGGCCAACCUGGAUCCCUACUGCGCCGUCUGCUCACUCUUUUGCCCCUACACCAAGCCCGCCAAGGAGCUCUUCCACUCGGACCCCAGCGCCCCGGCCCUCCCCGGCCACGGCUGCCACACGCGGCCCCUAGUGCCGGAGAUGUGCUUCAGCGCCGUGGCGGCCAACACAGAGCCGCUCCCGGCCAGCUCCAACAUCGGGGAGGACGGCACCAGCAUGCUGCUGCGCUGCUCCUCCUGCUGCCUGCAGGUCCACACCAGUUGCUAUGGCGUCAAGCCCGACAUGCUCCAGAACCCCUGGACCUGCUCCCGGUGUGCCUCCGAGGCCUGGGCAGUGGAGUGCUCUCUGUGCAACCUGAGGGGCGGAGCCUUGAAGAGAACGGUAGACAACAGGUGAGUGGCCUCACCCAGGUAGACACAGGCCCACCCAGUUACACAUUACACACGGUACUCUGGGAAAACAUACUUUACCACACCGCUAACGCUGACCACAAACGUGAUGUGUCCCGUAUAGAUUCAACUUGAAGAUGGUCCAAAUAAGGAAAAAGCGCGAUAAUUAAUCAUUUCAAUAAAAAUAGUUUGGAGCGAAAUGUCCUCCACUCAAAACAUACCAAAGAUCAUGGUGACAGUGGAGGCACACGGAGGAUAUAAUAAUAAUAUGAUGAUGAAGAUAAUACAACUACAUGACGCUCCACAAGUCAGCUAGUGCCGUCUAGUAAGCCCAGAUGGGUUGCGACCUCUUUACCAUCCUCACUGCAAUCUGUGC